AUGCUGCACAUUAGAAAAUCAUUCGACCGUCGGAAGGUUAUCAAUAUGGCUGAUCCUGCAUACUUCAAUCACCCACGUACUAACAACAAUACUAUCAUAGGUGCAUACAGGAACGAUGGAAGUCUAUCGAAAAAUACUCGAUGUUUGCUGACUCGCCUGGUCAUCGCACAGGAGAAAGAUCGACAGUUCAGGGACGUUUUUCGGCAAGAAGGAAUUACCUACUUGAGACAAUUCAAGAUGACGUCUGCUAAGUUCACCACUUGGGCCACACAGAUUGCAGAAGUGUUCAUUGGUGAAAGCUUUUUCGUCUAUUGUACUCCAUUCCGGAUGGAAAAUGGAAUUAAAAUAGACCCAACAGGAUUUCUCUAUGAACACUACCAUUACACCAAGAAGAAGUUAAGGAAGAACCACCUACUUCAGCAGGUUGCUCCACAGCGAAACGCUCCAGUAGCUGCCCCUGAAGUCCCAGGUUAGAUUUAUUAGGAUUAAGGCCAGGGUGUAUUAUUUUUAGAAUGUUACCACCAUUGUUUUUUCAAUUUUUUGAGGGAAACCGUACACUCCAAAAAAUUCUUCACUGCCCUCCACAUAGGCAACAAAUGAACAAAAAACUCUCUUUGGCGAGAUUCGUCACAUUUUUUAGAAUUUUUCAAUUCCACUUCCUUUUGCAUUACCCACGAAUACUUCGCUUAUGCGGCCCUCUGUGGAAAAUUAGCACGAUCAGGUGUGAAGCGAAGCACAGAGACGGACAGAUUACGUCUCGGACCGCAAUCUGUCGGGUAAAUAUUUGCAGGACCAUAGCCAUUAAGCAUCAGCUCCAACUUAAUUAUAGAUUUUUGAAAAAAGAAACACCCUCUGAACUGAUUCAUGACGCACACAAAGUCGAAGAGAGAGAAGUAGGAGGAUUCGAUGGCAUCAGUGAGUUACUAAAUCUUGAACCUUUCUGUAAUAAGUCGCUCAAUU